GUAUAUUUUACCAAUUUAGAAUUUUUUCGAAAUCCGAAAUUAAGAUAAUUAGACAACAUGCCAUUAGGAAGAAGUAUUUGUUUUGGAUUUUUCAAUAAAAUGAGAAAACUAUUUAGAUAUUAUUCGGCAAAAUCAAGGCGUUCCAAUAGCAGAAGGAUAAGAUUUACUUCAAGCACUAUAUGGCGCGAUAUAAUACGUAAAGGAAAAAUUGAUUUGAUUAGCAUUAAUCCAUUUGUGAAUUAUUUAAAUGAAUAUAAAAGAAUAUCACGAAAAUAUCUUAAAGGUGAGCUUAAAUUGACAGAUAAUCGUGUAAUAGCUUCACGUCUAUCUGAAAAACAAUCCGUCGUUUUGGCGAGUAAUUCUAAUCAUGAAUUCAUUUUGCGACAAUUCGCAGUGGAGAACUGGAAUUCAAUGUCAUAUCGAGAGCGAAAGCUUUUCAUUAAUUUGGCGCAGCAGAAACAAAAUUGGUUACAGUCUUUUGGUAAUACCAUUAGAGUGACAGCGAGUGCACCUAAUAUCAGUUUAAAAUCAUCUGAUGCCAGCAAUGAAACUUUUGGUAUAACGAAACUUAGUAUCCACUCCCACGGUAAUGAUGAAACAAAAUUACCACCUAGUCAAUUGAACUUACCUUUAAGUCGCUUAUCAGUGAUUAAUCCAAAAUUAAAAAAUAAUGCGAAAAAUGGAUCUAUUCAAAAGAAGACAUCUAAGAAACUUUAUCGUUCCGUAUCCAGACCUAUUAAAACAAAACGUAAAAACAGUAAAAGACAAACUGAAGUAGGUGAACAGAACGAACCUAUCCCCGUCUGUAAUGUUGAUAUAAAGACUCUACUUAGUCAGUUGGAAUUAAUUUGUCUCUCCAAUAUCAACGAUAGUAGUUUAAACAAUCAAUUAAAUUCUCGCCCUAGCCAAGUAUCAAAUGAACAUGCUGAAAAUAACAAUGAGUUAGCAAGCAAUUUAUAUGAGACAGCAAGUGUAUCUAAUAUCGCAUCAAAUUGUAUGAACUCACAGCAUAUAAAACACAAUCGUACGACACCACUGCGUAUAAACUCAAAUCAUAAGAAAGCCAAGCCAAGAAACAAAUGGAAAUAUAAUUUGAAGCCAACUAGACAAUUUGCAGUUUCUACCCAAAACUUUGAGAAGGAUGAUUUCGAUAACGAUAUCUCACAUAACGAAUCUGAUACAUCAACUCUGGACUUUGGAAAAGAGAAUGCAUUGAAUUUUCCUUUGGAUAAUGAUUAUACAGAGGGUAUUAAUGAUACUAAAAAACGUAAACGGAGAUCUGCAAAGAAUAAAUUUAAUAGCGGUAUUUCACGAAGACAAUGCAACAUGUCUACUCCGAGCAGUGGUACAGAGAACAAAAAAACAUAUGUAUCAAAUAGUCAAUAUAGAAAACUUAUGAAAUAUUAUUCUUCUGCUGUCAUAAAAUCUAAAAAUAUUAGAAGAAUCAAGAACAGUGCUCAGAAAUAUCGGAAAAAUAAUUCCGAUAGCGAUACGUCAGACAAUACAUCCAGUAUUAUUGCUAUGAAUAAUGGAGCAGAAAAUGAAAAUUUUAUAUCUAAUAGCCAAUAUGGGAUUAAUAGAAGUUCUAGCAUUGCUAACAAAUCAAGAGUUCACCAGAACAAUAUUAAUAGUGAUACAACAGCUAAUCAAUCUAGCACGUCUUCUAAGGCUGCUCUCACACUUCAGGGUCGCAGGAAUGCCAAAAAAUGUGCUGCUUGUUUAGAUGUUACCAAAUUCAAAACUUACAAGUAAAAGAAACAAAUUUAAAAUAUGCCUUUUAUGCGCAUUUAUAAUUAAGAUAUAUUUGGUGUAAUUGUUUUAAAUUACUAUAUUUACUCUACCAUGCGACGCAAAUUUCAACAUCCAAAGAAAUCAAUAAAUUUUGUAUAUAUAGUGUCAAGUUUGUCGAAAAUUGUGAGAACAGCUUUAAUUUAAUAUUUAAGCUGCUGAUUCUGUGUGUCUGCCUAAUUUCAUAACUGGGAACUUCGACUUUG